CCUUCAGCUGAGAUGAAAAGGUAUUACCUCUUUGGGGUCCUCUUUGGGAUGUGCCUCUACAAUAAGGUCAUGGCCAAUGUACCUUUCCCGCUUGCUGUCUUUAAAAAACUGAUGGACCAGAAGCCCUCCCUCGAUGACCUGAAAGAACUGAACCCAGUCUUGGGAAAGAGUUUGCAGGCAGUUCUUGAUUAUGAAGAGGAUGAUAUGGAAGCAGAACUUCAGCUGUGUUAUAAUAUAUCCUGGGACAAUGCAGAUGUAGAUUUGAUUCCAAAUGGCAGAUCAGUGGCUGUGAACAAUGCAAACAA